UUGUUCUUUUAACAUGAUGAUUAGUUUAUUUGCCUGGCAAUGAUUGCCGAGAGAUACUCACUGGUAGCUUAGCAAUUUCAAACCUUUUUGAGUAAGAAAACAAAAGGAAGAAGAUGAAGGCCAUGAAUGACAGUAACAACGAUGAUGGAAACAAUCAUAACUGGUUGGGGUUCUCUCUUUCACCCCAAAUGAAAAUGGAGGUUACUUCUGGUCCUCCACAACAUCAUCAUCAUCAUCACUACCAAGCCCAGGCUUCUGCAUCUGCCACUAUUUCUAACACUAUUCCCACAACCUUUUACUUAUCCUCUUCUCACCUAGGCAACUCCGGAAUCUGUUAUGGCGUUGGAGAAAAUAGUAACUUCCAUUCUCCUUUGACUGUAAUGCCUCUCAAGUCAGAUGGGUCACUUUGUAUCAUGGAAGCUCUCGGUAGAUCACAAACGCAAGUGAUGGUGCCAACUUCAUCACCAAAACUGGAAGACUUUCUAGGUGGUGCAACUAUGGGAACUCACGAAUAUGGAGGGCAUGAAAGAGGGGAAACAAUGGCUCUGAGCCUAGACAGCAUCUAUUACAACACCCAAAAUGCAGAAGCACAACCCAACAGAGAUCAUUCACUGGACCUUCUUUCAGAACCCUUCAGGCAACAAGGGCACAUGAAUGUCCAAUCACAUCCUUAUUAUUCUUCAGGACUCGCUUGCCAUGGGAUAUAUCAAACGCCGAUAGAGGAAGAAACAAAGGAAACUCAAGUUGCAGUUUGCAGCACCCAAAUGCCUCAAAUGACAGAAGAAGGCUUGAAAAACUGGGUGGCUCCAAGGGAGUAUUCUGCUCAGCUGGCUCUGGAGCAGCAAAUGAACUGUGGCACAGGGAAUGAUCGUGUGUCUCUUGGAACAGUAGGGUGUGGGGAGUUACAGUCACUAAGCUUGUCUAUGAGUCCUGGUUCUCAGUCUAGUUGUGUCACUGCUCCUUCUGGGACAGACUCGGUGGCUAUGGAUGCAAAAAAGAGAGGCCAUGCUAAGCUGGGUCAGAAGCAGCCAGUGCAUAGGAAAUCCAUUGACACAUUUGGACAGAGAACAUCUCAGUAUAGAGGCGUGACAAGGCAUAGAUGGACUGGUAGAUAUGAAGCGCAUUUGUGGGAUAACAGUUGCAAGAAGGAGGGGCAGACUAGGAAAGGAAGACAAGUAUAUUUGGGGGGUUACGAUAUGGAAGAGAAAGCUGCAAGGGCCUAUGAUCUUGCAGCCCUUAAGUACUGGGGACCUUCAACGCAUAUUAAUUUCCCGUUAGAAAAUUACCAAGCCGAACUUGAAGAAAUGAAGAAUAUGACUAGGCAGGAAUACGUUGCCCACUUGAGGAGAAAAAGCAGCGGAUUUUCAAGGGGUGCUUCAAUGUACAGAGGGGUCACAAGGCACCACCAACAUGGAAGAUGGCAAGCAAGGAUAGGCAGAGUUGCUGGGAACAAAGACCUUUACCUUGGAACAUUCAGUACUCAAGAGGAAGCAGCUGAAGCAUAUGAUGUAGCUGCAAUAAAGUUCCGUGGGGUAAGUGCAGUCACAAACUUUGAUAUAUCAAGAUACGAUGUUGAAAGGAUCAUGGCCAGUAAUACUCUACUUGCUGGGGAGCUGGCAAGGCGAAACAAAGAUAGUGAUCUAAGAACAGAAGCCAUUGACUAUAAUAUUGGUGUAACAAGCCAGAACAAUGUGGAUGCGGUUCAAGCUAGAAACAACAAUGAGAAAGAUUCACAGUGGAAAAUGGCUUUGUUCAACCACCAUUCACAGCAACAGUCAAAUGGGUGUGACCAAAAAACCAUUAACUGCGGAAAUUAUAGAAACUCUGCACUCUCUGUGGCCCUACAAGAUCUCAUUGGGAUUGAUUCAGCGGGUUCUGGCCAGCCCAUGUUGGAUGAGUCUUCAAAGAUUGGAACUCAUUUUUCAAACCCGUCCUCGCUGGUUACCAGUUUAAGCAGCUCAAGAGAACCUAGCCCUGAUAAAACGGGUCCCUCACUACUGUUUCCAAAGCCCCCAAUGGAAGCAAAGAUUGUUAACCCUAUUGUUACUGGUGUUAGCUCUUGGUUUCCAUCACCGGCAGUGCAAAUGAGACCAGCUUCUGCUAUUGCUUUGUCUCACUUGCCAGUUUUUGCUGCUUGGAACGACACUUAAAAGAGAGAAAUACCCUUCAUUUUUCAUGUUAUGUUAUGUUCUGCAUGUGAAAGAAGGAAAAAAAAAAGAAAAAAAAGAAAAAGGGUGUUUGGAGGGUUGUGAAGAAAUCGUUGAUGAGAGAAAAAGGUAGGUUUUGAAGUAACAUUUGGCGUUUCUAUUUUGCCAAUACCUAAGUGCAGGAAUUUGGGGGAUUAGUGAGAGGCAGGUUUGGGGCCACUUAUCUGUCAUCUUUAUGUAACAAGUG